UAUAGUGGUCAGCGCAGAGCACUGUCUCCUGUGGUGUAGUAUUUGCGGAAUGGUGCCCAAAGUGUCCACGGCAGGUGGUCUCACGAGCAGGCGCAGCAAACUUUGUGUCACAUAUGCUCAAUUUGGGACACUCUCUUGGCCCGAGGUGCAGCCUGGCUUCCCUUACACGGCUGGUGAUUCCGUUCAAGAUCGGGCAGCCUAAGAAACAGAUUGUACCCAAGACAGUUGAGAGAGAUUUUGAACGGGAAUAUGGAAAGCUUCAACAGUUGGAAGAUCAAACUAAGAAGCUACAAAAAGAUAUGAAGAAAAGCACAGAUGCAGACCUAGCCAUGUCAAAGUCUGCGGUAAAAAUCUCAUCUGAUCUCUUGGCCAAUCCUCUCUGUGAACAAGACCCUAAAUUCCUUGAAAUGGUGAUGGCUCUGGACACAGCAAUGAAAAGAAUGGAUUCUUUUAACCAAGAGAAGGUGAAUCAAAUCCAAAAAACAGUCAUUGAACCUCUGAAAAAAUUCAGCGGUGUCUUUCCCAGUCUCAAUAUGGCAGUAAAACGUCGUGAACAAGUUCUGCAAGAUUACAAACGGCUCCAAUCCAAGGUGGAGAAGUAUGAAGAAAAGGAGAAAACGGGACCCAUCCUGACCAAGUUGCACCAGGCCCGAGAAGAACUGAGGCCAGUGAAAGAUGACUUUGAGGCCAAGAACAAGCAACUUCUGGAAGAGAUGCCCAAGUUUUACAGCAGCCGCAUCGAUUAUUUCAAGCCAAGUUUUGAAUCUUUGAUCCGAGCGCAGGUAAUCCUCAAACAAUUUGGUGAUCGUUCAAAGUUGCAACAGCACUGAAAAAAAUGACUUAUGACUAUUUUUCACACUUAUGACCAUUGCAGCACCCCCCUCCCCGUGAUCAAAAUUCAGACGCUUGGUAACUGACUAAUAGUUAAGCCACCAGAUCCCCUAACCCAGAGGUAGGCAACCGUGGCUCUUUUAUGACUUGUGGACUUCAACUCCCAGAAUUCCUGAGCCAGCCAGGCUGAGGGGAAAGGGAAAGGUUUCCAAGCUGAGCCAUGCUGGCUCAGGAAUUCUGGGAGUUGAAGUCCACGAGUCAUAAAAGAGCCAAGGCUGCCUAUCCCUGGUAUAUACCAAUCUCUGAAUGGGACCAGCAGCCGUCUAGUUAAUUAAUGGAAGGAAGGGUCUAGAAGAGAGUCAGGGGUAUUUGGGUAAAAAGAGCUUAAAAACUGGGGGUGCCUGGAAGUGGGCAGAUCAAUCUGCCUGAGAGAGACUAGCAGGUGAUGGAUUCCCUACUAUCAAGAGAUGCAAUACAGGUAGUCCUUGACUUACAACCUCAACUGAGGUCCAAAUUUCUAUUGCCAAGCAAGACAGUUGCUAAGUGAAUUUUGGCCCCACUUUACAACCUUUCUUGCCACCGUUGUUAAGUGAAUCGCUCCAGUUGUCAAGUUAGUCCCACGAGUAUUAAGUAAGAGCCCAGGUGGCGCAGCAGUUAGAGUGCAGUACUGCAGGCCACUUUAGCUGACUGUGUUCAGCAGGUCAGCGGUUCAAAUCUCACCGGCUCAAGGUUGACUCAGCCUUCCAUCCUUCCGGGGUAGGUAAA